AUGUCGAAUGCUUUCAGGCAAAAAAGGCAUCCGAAGCCGCUGUCGAGAUACCUGCUACCCAAGAGGAGGAGAUUGUUCACGAGGAUAAUUCUUGGGGAAUCGAACUCGUUGACGAGUCGAAAGUUGAGGAAAAGAUACAACGCCCGCAAUCAGAAGAACCGUCAGAAACGUCCAAACAGGAUCUGGCUGCUCUUAUGUCUCAGCUAA